CCAACAGUAUGCAAUUGCAGCCCAGAAGGCCAACUGUAUCCUAGGCUGCAUCAAAAGAAGGGUGGCCAGCAGGGCGGGGAAGGUGAUUGUUCUCCUCUACUCUGUGCUCAUGAGGCCCCAUCUGGAAUACCAUGUCCAUGCUUGGGGCUUGCAACAGGAGAAGGAUGAAAAGCUGUUGGAGCUGGUCCAGAUGAGGGCCAUGAAGAUGAUCAGGGCCAGAGCACCUCUCCAUGAGGAACAGGAAAAUUGUUAAUUAUUCAGAAUUUGGGGAUUUUGAAGAUGGUGAUGAAGACUUUGCAUGCGUAGCUGCACCUUUGACAAAAAAAUCCAGAAUACAGCUUAAGGAACUAAAAACGGAGAAAAAGAAGCAAAAAACACAAAAAGAAUUGACUCCAUCACAAAACCAGACACCUAUUAGAAGAACAUCCUUGGAUGAUAGUUUUUGUGAAAGGGAUCUGAACGUUACCUUGGCCUUGUCCGUUAAAGAAAAAUCAGCAAAUAUCCUUGAAGUGCAAAGUUCAAAAGAACAAGAUGAGGAAUCAGAAAAAGAUUCAGAUUAUAGUGAAGGUAAUGAUGAAGACUGCGCUAUGGAAAAGAUGAAAAUCAAAGGAAAUGAAACCAAACAAAAGAGGCAGACUGGAAAAAAAAAGAAGACUCCUAAAUCUGAGAAUUAUACUACAGUAAUGGAACUAAAAUCUGAGCAAACACAAAAGAAGAUGUCCAAGUCUUCAGAACCAGUUGGAAGGCCUUUACAUACAUCAAGUCCUGCAACAAUCAAGAAGCCCAAAUGGGUACCACCAGCUGCAUCAGGAAGAAGCAACAACUCUAUGAAAUAUGCUUCAGUUAAAUCACCUACUCUGUGUCUUAGGCUUGGCCUUUCCAGAUUAGCAAGAGUCAAACCACUGCAUCCAAGUGCCACCAGCAGUUAGGUGGUCAGUGACAAGGUGCCAUGUGAAGGACUGUAUUCAGGAAAGACUUGGGAAUGCAUUUUGUUUAUACGUAGAGGGUGGAAAACCACUGGGCAACAAAAGCUUUACAACAUCUAUGGUUUUGUGGGGUAGUUGUUGAGGUACAUUUCUAAUAUUAUGGAGUUUUUAUUCUGUAAAGUGCUAGGCAUUCUUAAGUGCUACUGGAUAAUGUUAUUUAAUCGAGGUGAAAUCUGGGUCACCAACUCAUUAUGAGUUAUACUCAGAGAUACAGGUUUGUAAUCUAAUUCUCUGGUAUGUGAACUCAGCAUUAAAAUAGUCUAAACAGCGCUGUGUCAAUUAUGGAAUUCGCUAUCUUAAAUAGAUUCUUCAAUACAAGUGAAAGUGAUUGUUUAAAAAAUAUUUCUUGGAAGGCUUAAGCCAUCACUUUUACCCCUCUUCUUGACUUUCAAAAUCUGUUAAUGUUUGCAUAUCUUAAAUGUGUUUUUAAUUGCUUUUAAAAUGUAUUUUAGAUAUAAAUUGUAUUUAAAAUGUUGUAUUUUGAAAAAAGUAAAGUAAAAUAAAAUAUAUAGUCUAAUGAAUCUUAA